AUGUUGCCUUUUCAAGCUAGUAAUAGUCUCAAGGUGUACGCGAGGUCAUUCUCUUCCUUCACAGCCAGAAGAGCAUCCCUCAGGUUAGGAGAAUGCUCCGAGAAUUUUACUCUGGUGCUUAUUGAUGACAAUCUUAUUCGGUACAAUAAUGUUUUUCUUAGAGACGCUUGCACUCAGCCAGAAUCCGUUGAUCCUUUCUCCCGCCAAAAACUAUUCACUACUGCUCAAAUUAGCAAAGGGUUAAAGUCCACGGGAGCCAGAAUCGAAAAUGACUCGCUAGUCGUUGACUGGUCCAAUCCAACUUUCGGGAGCAUUACAUCAAGCUACCUGAAGGAAUUCUUGUUGAAACACAAAGACCUUGACAGCAGUUUGAAACAAAUAUUCUUCAACGACCAAAAACAUUAUUGGACCAGGAAAGACGUAGAAAGUUCUUUGGCAGAUCUUCAGGUGACCUACAAGGACUACUUUGAAGGGAAUGGGUUCGAUAAGACGCUUAACAAUUUAAACAAGUUUGGGUUCCAAUUCGUGAAUGAUAUCCCGAAGCCCAGUGAAACGAACAUGAACGAAGCUAAUGCCGAAAUAUGGCCAGUAUCUAAACUCGCUACCAAAUUUGGCUAUAUCAAAAAGACAUUCUAUGGCACCCUCUUCGAUGUAAAGAACGAGAAGGAAGAGGCUAAGAAUAUUGCGAAUACGAGUACAUUCUUGCCUCUCCACAUGGACUUAUGCUACUAUGAAUCUCCACCAGGACUUCAAUUAUUACAUGUUAUUGACAACUCCACUCUUGGUGGAGAGAAUAUAUUUGCAGACUCGUUCAAGAUUGCAGAACUUGUUAAGGUAGCGAAUCCUGAGGCAUACAAAGCACUCCUUGAAUUCCCAAUAACAUUCCACUAUGACAAUAAUAACGAAUACUACUACUAUACUCGUCCUUUGAUAGUGGAGGAUCCGCUCACAGGACACAUCAAAGAAUUGAAUUACUCCCCUCCAUUUCAGGGGCCAUUCGAAAGGGCUUGUACAGAUGAUAAAGAUUCAGAGUUGUUUAGCAAAUUUUUAGAAGGCUUUGAGCUCUUUGAAUCUUUGAUGAAUGAUCCAGUAAAUCAAUUCCAACUCAAGAUGAAGGAAGGCUCUUGUGUCAUAUUUGACAACCGCCGUGUCUUACAUUCUAGAAACGAAUUCUCCGAUGAAAAUGGUGGUGAUAGAUGGUUAAUGGGAUGUUAUGUAGAUGGCGACAGUUACAGGUCAAAACUUAGAAUAGCCAACAGACAAAAGUAA